CAAUAAAUUAAAAUAUUAUUUGUCACGAAAUGAAGAGACGACAUACUAUAUUACGUGGCUCUCCUGGAAACAGCAAGAAGUCCAAAAACAUUCCUACCUUGGAGUAAUGGAAAACUAGAUUCAGAAGCUAUAUAACUGAUGCAAUGAGUGCAAUUGAGCACAUUAGAAACAUAUUUCCACAAGAACAACUGCAGAACCGGUUCCCGCCUAUUGUUUUUAAACAUCAAUUGUAUGCUUUAUUGGAAAAUAGAACGACAGUUGAUCAGCAAGUGAAUGAUCUUUUUGAAUGUGGGCGGAUAAAAAUAUUUCAUUUGGAACAUAGAAAUGAGGAGCAUAUGAUUGUAUUAACAAAAGAUUUUAUUGCGCACGUCAAUCGAUAUCACAAUAUUUCAUCUAGGGAAGGACGGGGCGAACGCAAAGAUAACAGGAAGUUAACUAGCAGGGAGCAAAUCAUAUCUCGAUUUUUGAUUGAGGUUAUUGGAAGUAUAUCAGAACUUACUAUCACUGAACAUACAAUGAUAAAUCAAUAUGGAUUUAAAGAUAAAGACAUUACAGAGUUGGUAAAUGCCGGACUUCUAACUUUAAGAGAUGCUGGAAGUUGGUGGUUCUCUAUACCUGGCGCUGGUCAAUUUGUAAAGAUUUUUAAAAAAGGAAGACAAGCAACAAUAAGAAUGAUUAGAGCUACUAAGAGCAGAGAAAUUCUAUUAACUGAACUCAGGUCUCGUAAAUCACCUGCAUCUAUCAAACUUGGUCUAACAUAUCACACACAUGAUCUAGUUGGAUCUGAUUUGAUAAAGUGCAUUCCUUCCACCAGUGGACUGGUUUUAAGGAUAGCAGAUGAUUAGCACUUGGCAGUGAUCUUCUGCAAUCAUAGACAACUCACAUUCCUGUGAUAGCUCCUACUAACUGGAAGAUGUUUUAAUUUUGUGCCUAGAUUAGCACAAAUCGUCAGUAUUACACUGUGCUUUUCUAUUUAUAUUGCAACACUUUAGUAGAUAUUAUAGUGGGAUGCAUGUCGAAGCCGAGUGUUCUUUUUCGAUUUCCAUGUUUAGAGUUCAUACUAUUUUGAAGUUCUUAUUCUAUUGUUUUUAUAUACUAGUCUUUAUAGGUAAAUCAUAUAAGUGGGGUUAUCAAAAUAUUUGCCAACUUUUAUAUUUAAGUUUUAAUUAUUGCAAAGUCGAAAGUGCCAUUUAUACAAAUUUUGACAGUCAUUAUUCCUAAUGUAUCUUCUGUCUGUAUUUAUUUAUAUUAAAUAUUUCAUGAUUCAAUGAAAAUGCCACCACAAAUUGGCAUCUAUCCUAGUACCUCCACAUAAAGAUAAAAUCAGACACUUGUUUCCUGUUGUGUCAAUGAAUAUAAAAAUUUAUUUCAAAAUAUAUUAAAACUUUGAUGAUAUCAAUUCCUUUCUUGAACAGGAUGUUUCAUUUCAGCAUACAAUGAGAAUAUAUAUCAAGUUUAUAAUAUUAUUUGUAUAUAUCAGGCAUUUACACGCUUGGCCUUGCAAGAUAUGCAGUAAUAAUGUUGAUAAAGAUAAGCAUUGCUCCAAGAUAAGAGAGGACUUAAAAUUACCAAAAUUGAAUUUGUCAUCUAUUCAACUGCCACCUCUGGAUGUAACUGUUGACUCACACAUCGAAAAGUCUGGCUUUCACAACAUUGUAAUCACUACUGUCAAUUUGAGUUCUGUUGCUGACAAAGAUUUUGCAAACCACUGUGUUAUUUUGUAUGUUCAAACAGUGCCAAGCUCAUUUUUUAUUGAUCAAUAUGAAGUACAAAGGAAAAGAAAUAAAUUUGUGGAACUCUUCAAUGAAAACAUAGAUGUGGAACUUCCGCAGUAUUUUGCUCAUGAAUCCACUGUUUUAUUUUAUUCGUCAUUAAGCGUUAUAGAAGGGAGAAUGGUAUCGAAAAUUUCCAUGCCGUGGCACUCAAGAUACCAUCUGUGCAGCACAGAGAAUGACGUAAAUAAAACUCAUAUUACUGCAGUUAUACCACCACCUAAAAUAAUGAUAUCUUGCGUUGAAAAUAGCAGGAUUUUCAAGGCCUUUGCUGUAUCAUUCGAGUAUAAAGGGUCAAGUUUGCAUAGCUUUAUCAGAUGUGUUCCUUGCCCCUUGUGCAGAAAUAGUAACAAACACUGUUGCACUUAUAAGAUCGACUUGUGUAUGGGUCCCAUUGGAUCAUAAAAAUGGCUCCGAAAUAAAAAUUGAUAUUCCUGUAGGAGCACUUUCGGAUGGUCCUUUUGUCAAGAUAACCACACUUAUUGUCACAUGGUGUGGUACUCUUCUGAUAGGAUGGUAUGCAUACAAACAUGCCUUUUGAGUAAUGUCACCGUUGGAAAUUUUGCCACAAAUAACAUGUGUAGAGAAUCAAAUGUGUGGAAGAAGACUUUGAGUGACUUCAGUCAUUUGAACCAAACAACUUUUUAUGAGAUCAACUAUGACUUGCAGAAGAAAAAGGAGAGACUCUUACUUGAAUGAUUCAUGACUUGACUUAAUUCUAAGGAGUGGUUGAAGGUUUAGAGAAUUGCAAAAGUGGUAACUACAAUGGCGUUUUACGAUUUAUUAUUAGUGUAGCACAAAAGGAAAUAAAAUACCUCCUAAAAUAGUGUAUGCAUUUUUACAUUUUAUAAAAAUUUGAUACUAUA